AUGGAUGAGUGCCCCACCAAGAGGGUCGCAGGGGGAGCAGAGCGUGGACUCAGGAGGGGCUCCACCCUCCCUCUGAGGGAGAAUCACGGCGACCGGAGCUCCCAAUCCUGCGUUCGCCGGGGAUGCGGCGGCGGCAGCAGCAGCAGAGAGAACUCCAUCGGACCUUCCCGGAGCGGCAACCCGGAGAAGCUCAAGCUUUCGAAGCCGGCUUUCCUCUCCACCAGCAGCAGAAUGAUGGCCUCCGGCUCCUCGAGCAGCGCCGUCCCCGAGAGCCGCAUCAGACGGCGGCAGCCGGAGGAGCCCUCGACAGCGAUUUCGAGAACCCAGGCGGCGGGGAGCUGGAGAGCUCGACCAGGGCCGCCGGGAAAGCAGGCCGCUCCGGCGAGUCCAUCUUCGCAGAAGCAUUCUGCGGCGGCCAGGAACGCCCCUUGCCCCCUCAAGAGAGACGGCAACGCCUUAAAUGGAGGAGGUCCGGCUUCGGAGAGGAGCUCUCGGAAGGGCCCGUCGCCCCAACCAGUCUCGCGCAGGCCCAGAAGCCAGCUCCCCGGCGGCGCCUCCGUCUCCGCCGGCAGCGCCGCCCGGAGAAUCAGCAGCAGCAGCAGCAGCAGGCUGAGGCUGUCGGAGAACCCCAGCUCUGAUUCCUUCUCACAGCCGCAGCUGAGGGCUCCGCGGCCGUCUCGGGCCCAGUUCUCUCUCUACGACGACGCCAGCUCGAGCUCCUCGCAGCCCCUCCCUUCGGAUCGCGCCCCUACUUACGGGAGCUAUCCUUCCCCUUCUUUUUCUUCUUCUUCUUCCUCUUCUUCCUCCUCCUCUUCUUCUCGAUCUGCGCCGACCAGCAGCACCAGGGCGCCUCGCGGUAGACCAGCAGCAUUGUCUGAACCCAGCAGAUUCAGAGUUUUCCCCCUCUCGUGGGAAGGAACAGAGCUCUACGGCCACCGCAUCAACAUGGAAGGAAUAGCAGAGGUUCUCUCUCUCUCUCUCUCUCUCUCUCUCUCUCUCUCUCUCUCUCUCUCUCUAACCCGAUCUUCCUUCAACACCGCUUUUAACAGUUCAUUAUUUGAGAAAUAAACUAUUGUUUUUUCCAAUGCCCCAGAUGUUGCUGGCCCUGGAGAGGAUCGAGCAGGACGAGGAAUUGACUUACGAGGUUCGCUCUAUCUCCAUUUUUGGAAAAGCCUCCUCUUUUAUCCGCAUCCUUCACCCGUUGACUCUGGAGAUCCUCCCACGAUCAACAGCAGCUGAUGGCUCUCGAGGCAAACCUGCUCUUGGCCGGCGUCAGCUUCCGGGACCAGCAUCGAGAGCUGAGGCUUGACAUCGACGACAUGUCCUACGAGGUUCUCAAACGAUCGAUCCGCACACAUCCAUUCAUCCAUCGAUCGAAUAAAAAUAGGCUUUUUACACUUCAGAAAAUUAAAAAUAAAUAAAAUCGGAGGGAUUAUUCAAGAGCUUGGGAUCUUCUUCGUGAAACAGGAGCUGCUGGCUCUCGAGGAGGAGAUGGGCACCGUCAGCACAGCGCUGACCGAGGAAGCGCUGGCGAGGUGCCUCCAGAGGAGCAUCUACGGGCUUCCAUCGACCUCCGACGCCUCAUGCGGCGGCGGCGACGACGUGAAAUGUAGCGUCUGCCAGGUAUCUUUCAACCCUUGGUCAACCGUCCUCUUCCGGUGGUCAGCUCACGCCCACUGGAUGACCGCCGCCACACAUCCCUGCCUACAUUUCUCUCCCCUAGAUUGGGCCCGCAUCGGAUUUAUCUCGUGAUAUCAUCCAUUGAUUUUCGCUCCGGCUAGCUCUUCGAACAUAGAAAGACGCAGUUUUAUUGGCGAAAGACAGUGGAUGGAGUUGACUUUUGAGAGGUCAACUCGCCCAACUGGAUGACCGCCGGAGCGCGUCCCCAAAUCUCUUUCCGAUAGUCCGAAGUAGUCCCACAUCGCAAGUCACGGUGUUGGACAUGUGGGAAUACCCCUCCACAUAUAUGGCCAUUUGAUUAUGUUGCGGGUUUCCAGAAUCACCAUACGUUUCUUUGGAAGAACACAGUUUGACCCGGCCAACCUUCCAAAAGUCAACCGGUUUUUAUGACAUUGGUACUAAAUUCUCUACGCGUCUGAGAAUAUGUCCCACGUUGGGAUUAUCCGGUCCGAUCGUGUGUUAAAUACUUUUGGUUAUAUCAACGGGUUGACUUCGUCGCUGGAUUUCAGAAAUAAGACCAGCUGGCGUUUCAGGUGAUCUCACAAUCAUUGACCCUGGUGUCUCCGUUGCCUUGGUUGACUUCAGGAAGAGUACCUCGCGGGUGAUGAAAUCGGCAAGCUUCACUGCGGUCACUUCUACCACGUGGGCUGCGUCCAUCAGUGGCUCCGGCAGAAGAAUUGGUGCCCAAUCUGCAAGUCUUCCGCGUGCCCUUCCUGA